CGGACGUCAGGAGAUGGCUGGGACUAGCUCCGCCGCAGUGUCUGGGGCCGGCACGCCGGUGGCUGGGCCUUCGGGCCGGGACCUGUUCGCGGAAGGGCUGCUGGAAUUCCUGAGGCCUGCGGUGCAGCAACUCGACUCGCACGUGCACGCGGUUCGGGAGAGUCAGGUGGAGCUGCGGGAACAGAUUGACAAUUUGGCCACUGAACUCUGCAGAAUCAAUGAAGACCAGAAGGUGGCUUUGGAUCUGGAUCCCUACGUGAAGAAGCUCCUUAAUGCCAGGAGACGGGUUGUCUUGAUUAAUAACAUUUUACAGAAUGCUCAGGAGCGGUUGAGACGUUUGAACCACAGUGUGGCCAAGGAGACAGUUAGACGGCGUGCUAUGCUAGAGUCAGGGGGCUACCCUUCUGGUUCCCCAAGCAAAUAAUGCAUCUCAGAAGCUGAACCAGGAGUCCUGCUCUCCAGUUGCCUUGCUUCAACCGUGACUCUAGAAGACACUGACUCUGCACUGGCUUGGAAGGAUAAGGAAUAUUUAAGACAGCAACCUUAUCAUUUGUGUACUGAGCAAUUGGAGCUAGAUUAAUCUAGUUAGAUUGGGAUCAGAAGUAGCCCCUUGCUUACAUUCAGGUUGAGAAAGUUCCAUGAGAAUUGGUUCCCAAGGUUUUCUUGUGUUAAAGGGCUGUUUAUAAGGAGUGCAAGGUUUAUAAAGGAGAAAGCUGUUGACUCCAAAUCUGCCCAGCAUCCGGAUCCCCUUAGCCUGGAUGAUAUUUUUCCUGCUAGGUGCUAAGUUGCUGGUCCCUGGACGGCAUGCCUUUCCUUAGAGGGACCAACUUUUUCCUAUGCUUGCACUGAGGAUUUGAGGGGGAAGGAUCUUGGUGAGGAGGCCUUGCCCAUCCACCCUUCUGAUUGCACUAGCUUUUAGCUGCCACAGCAGCACUUUCAUAACUAUACAAUUCAAUAAAUGUCAUAUUAAUGCUGUAAUCCUGUAUUUAGGUUUACUCCUCCAUAAGUGUAGGUGUGGACUAGAUUCUCAAGCUUCUGAAGAUUUUCACUUUCUGUGCCUCUCCUCCUGGAGGCAGCCAAAUUUCUAAUCAUGAUGAAGCUUAACUUGGAGCUAGGUUAAGGAGGAGACAAGGGGAGAGUGUUACAACAAU